UAUAAUAUCCCCAGCUGAUUUUUUAUGAAGCUAUAAUACACCAGUGAGCACUGAGCAUACACUACUGUAACUUAUCCAAAAACCAAAAAAAUGAAUCCUAACAAGAAACGAGAAAACGAUGAUCUUCCAUUGUUUGAGACAAAGGCAGCUCGCGGCGGCGCCGCCCACAAACUCUUCUGCUCGACAAUAUUCGCCGGCAUAAUUCUCACAUGGGUUUACAGAUUAACCCACAUCCCAGAAUCAAGAAUCCAUGUCUGGUUCUCCAUGUUUUUCUCCGAGGUUUUUUUCGGCUUGUACUGGAUUAUCACUCAGUCCGCCAGGUGGCACGUCGUUUCCCGCCAUCCCUUCAAGGAUAGGCUUUCUCUCAGGUAUGGGGAGGAAGAGUUGCCGAAGGUGGAUAUAUUUGUGUGCACGGCGGAUCCCGUACUGGAGCCGCCGUCUCUGGUGGUCGGCACGGUUUUAUCCGCCGUGUCGUACAAUUACCCGCCGGAGAAACUCGCCGUUUACUUAUCCGAUGACGGAGGUUCGGAACUUACAUUCUUUGCACUUCUAGAAGCUUCUAGAUUCUCCAAGCAUUGGGUACCCUUUUGCAAGAAGUACAAUGUCGAGCCGAGGUCGCCACGUGUCUACUUUUCUCGUUGCGUCGAUGUUAAUGAAUUCGAUCAAGAAUGGAUUAAUGUUAAGCAACUUUACGAAGAUAUGGAAAGUCGAAUCGAAUCAGUAGCGCGAAAGGGUUGCGUACCGCAAGAAAUUAAGGAUCGACACAAAGGUUUUUCGGAAUGGGAGUCUAAUGUCACUAAGCAGGAUCAUCAAUCAAUUGUUCAGAUUCUGAUAGAUGGAUGUGAUCAAGAGGCGAUUGAUAUCGAAGGAAAUAAAUUGCCAACACUCGUAUACUUGUCACGAGAGAAGAAAACGGGGUGCGCUCAUAACUUCAAGGCUGGAUCGAUGAAUGCAUUGCUGAGAGUGUCGGCAGAAAUAAGCAAUGCGCCGAUAAUUCUGAACGUCGACUGUGACAUGUACUCGAACGAUCCCGACUCGAUACGGGACGCGUUGUGCUUCUUCUUGGAUGAGAAACAGGGGAAGCAGAUCUCAUAUGUUCAAUACCCUCAGCAAUAUAAUAACAUUAUCGAGAACGAUAUCUACGCUAAUAUAAAUUUAGCAAUUAAUCAGAUUGAGCUUUCGGGAUUAGAUGGUUUUGGAGGAACUUUGUACGUAGGCACCGGAUGCUUCCAUAGGAGAGUAAGCUUGUCGGGUGAAAAAUACUCGGGAAUUCAUACGAUUGAAUGCUUAAAUGACGACGAAGUUAAUACGAAGAAGAGAAGUGUUGAAGAAUUGGAGGAAGCAUCGAAGGUUUUAGCUAAUUGUAGCUAUGAGAAUGGCACUCUAUGGGGACAAGAGAUGGGAUUGGUGUACGGAUGUCCGGUGGAGGAUAUAGUCACGGGCUUAACGAUUCAAUGCAGGGGAUGGAAGCCCGUUUACUACAAUCCGGCCAAGUACGCCUUUGAAGGAGUUGCUCCGACAACCUUAGACGUGUCUCUUAUUCAGUUCAAGAGAUGGUCGGAAGGAAUGUUUCAGAUAUUCUUUUCCAAGUACUGCCCCUUCGUUUACGGCCACCGGAAAAUCGAAUUUGGCGCUCAAAUGGGGUACUGCAUCUACCUUCUGUGGGCCCCGAUUUCGUUGCCUACUCUUUGUUAUGUGGUCGUUCCUGCCCUUUCGUUGCUCCACGGUGUUCCUUUGUUCCCUCAGAUUUCUAGCCCGUGGUUCUUGCCUUUUGCUUACGUUUUCGGUGCGAAAACUGCGUAUACAUUAGUGGAAGCCCUAAUAAUCGGCGAUACAUUAAAGGGAUGGUGGAACUUGCAGAGGAUGGUUCUGAUAAGAAGGACAACAUCGUUCUUUUUCGCCUUUGUGGACACGAUGAUACGACAAUUCGGCCUAUCUCAAACAUCGUUUGUCGUGACUUCAAAAAGUGUGGACGAUCACGAAGCACGAGAUCGGUACGAAAAGGGACUUAUUGAAUUCGGAAGCUCGUCAGUGACGACUAUAAUUAUAGCGACAAUUGCAUUGCUCAAUUUCGUAAGCUUGGUGUGUGGAUUAUUAACGAAGCUAGCUUUUGGAGACGAGUUCGGAAAGUUUGUGGCUCAAUUGGCCAUUUGUGCGGUUUUGGUGAUGUUGAAUUUGCCGAUAUAUGAAGCUAUUUUCUUGAGGAGCGAUAGGGGGAAGAUACCUUCAUCGGUUGCAGUCAAGGCCUUCAUGAAGCUUUCAAUAGCAGCAGUGGCAGUGGUGGUAAUUUUAUGCAGUUUUGGAGGGGCUUUUGGGAUUAGAUUUGUUAUAGAUAGAGAGGAGUGCUUCUCUCACAAGGUCGAGUAUGGGAACACUGUACAUUUCUCAUUUGUGGUGAUUAAGUCUGAGGGGUCAUGGCAUUACAGUGAAGAUGGUGUAGACCUUGUGGUGAAAGGACCAAAUGGUGAACAGAUCCACGAUAUUCGUGACAAGACAAGCGAAAAGCACGAGUUUGUGGCAUAUCAUCAAGGAGUAUACCGUUUUUGUUUCACUAACAAAUCACCCUACCAUGAAACUAUAGACUUUGACGUGCAUGCUGGCCAUUUCUUAUACCACGAUGAACAUGCUAAAGAUGAGCAUUUCAAACCACUAUUUGAGCACAUUGGAAAGCUAGAGGAAGCUCUGUACAAUAUUCAGUUCGAGCAGCACUGGUUAGAGGCUCAGACAGAUCGUCAGGCAAUAGUGAACGAGAAAAUGAGCAGAGGAGCAAUUCACAAAGCGUUACUUGAAUCGGCUGCUCUGGUUCUAGCCAGCGGUCUGCAAGUCUAUGUGUUGCGCCGGUUAUUUGAGAGAAAGCUUGGAGUUUCGAGAGUUUAAUAUGUUUGUUUGUACUGGAAAAGAAUCAGUUGUAGAAUUCUGAAAUUUUUCGAGUUGCAACAGUUCUCGUUACUUUUUAUCAAAAAGUCAAAACACAGAUAAGUAGGUAAAUUUGAUACUCUUUAAUUUAAUCUUAUGAAAGCCUGUUCCAAACAUUUGAUACUCAAAGAAAAAGUAAUCUAUGUUUUGCUGCUCAGUGACAACAA